UCCUGCCUGCACUAACAUCUGGUGGCUCUGAGAGUGACCAUUGUUUCACAAGUGGAGACUGUCUCUGUAUAUGCAUGGAAAAUGGAUGAAAAAAUGUAACAACUGUUAACAGAUGGAGUGUGGAUGUUACAAUUUUUCUUUCUCCCUUUUUUCUAAACCACCUUUUUGGUCUUUAAAAAAGGGGGCGUGGCCUAGUCAUGUUUUUAUUUUGAUUGCUCGCCUUGUUUGAGUUUUCGUGUGGGCUCAGCUUUCUUGUGAACACCAGGAUUUGGUCUGUAUCCAGGUGUAGAUCCUGCUGCUCAGUCUGGGUCCAUAAGGUGAGCAGUCACAGAGUGAGCAGUAGUAUAACCGACCAAUGGGAUCAGGGAAGCUGGCUCGGGUGGUGCUGGGAUGGGCGGUGAUGUGCUUUGGGGCAAUUCAUGUGGCUCACAGUCAGACUGAGAAUGGACCGUACCGAGCCGGCAGCGUGAACCGGAGGGAGGUGCUGCGGGUUCGACGCCACAGUCAGGAGACACUGAGAGGACCCAAUGUGUGUGGCACUCGGUCCCAUCCUCACUGCUGUCCAGGCUGGAAGACUCUGCCAGGAGGAAACCUGUGUAUUAUCCACAUCGACGAUUGUCAGACAUCUGGCGGCUGCUCUGAGGGCUCUCUCGGCCGUGAGUGCCCACCAGGCCCGGUUGUUCACGUGCCCGUGGACACACACGUGAGGAACACCUGCUACGGCGCUGUCAAGAUGGACGCCUGCUCGCGCCCCUUUGCGGGUGCAGCGACCAAGUCAGAGUGCUGCUGUGCCAAUCCUGAACAUGGCUUUGGGGAGCCUUGCCAACCCUGCCCCGCCACGAACUCAGCUGAGUUCCAGGCUCUGUGCAGCAGUGGUGUUGGCUUCACAGCUGAUGGUGCAGACAUCAAUGAGUGUGCCUUGGACCCGGACAUAUGCCAGAAUGGCCUGUGUGAGAACCUCAGAGGAACCUACCGCUGCAUCUGUAACACGGGCUACGAGCCUGACGCAGGCGGCAAGACCUGUGCUGAUAGCAUGAAGCGUGCUUGCUGGCAGGACAACCGCUGUAAGGUCAGCAUCAGCGGAGCCACACUAAAGUCUGAGUGCUGCUCCACGCUGGGAGCUGCCUGGGGCAGCCCGUGUGAACCCUGCGGCGUGGAUGCUGCUUGUUCUCGAGGAUUUGCUCUCACAAAGGACCUCGUCUGUGAAGACAUUAAUGAGUGUGAGGUGAUCCCUGGAGUGUGCACAAGUGGGCGGUGUGUGAACAGCCAGGGCUCCUUCCACUGCGAGUGUACUGAAGGUUUCACCUGGGACACCACCAGUCGCACAUGUGUGGGCAUGCACGGCGAGCCGUGCUACCUGAAAUGGCAUGAAGGUGAGUGCGGGGAGCUGCUGCCUGGAAGACACCCUCAGAAAACGUGCUGCUGUUCAGUGGGUGCUGCCUGGGGUGAUGACUGUCAGGAAUGUCCCAAACCAGCCUCACCUGAGUACAGAGCCAUGUGCCCCCGAAUGUCCGGCUUCGGAGGAGUUGUUCCGACUGGCGGGCCUUUCUACAGAGGUGCAGAUGUGAAUGCGUGCCAGCUAAGUGACGACCUGUGCAAGAACAGUCGGUGUGUCGACACGAUGGGAACUUAUCAGUGCUCCUGUGACACCGGUUACCAGGCAACGCCAGACCGACAGCACUGCGUUGAUGUUGAUGAAUGUGCCGUAAUGAAUGGAGGCUGUGAGGGCCGCUGUACCAACUCAGAGGGCAGCUAUGAGUGCAGCUGCAGUGAGGGCUAUGCCCUCAAGCCUGACCUCAGGACCUGUGCAGACAUCAAUGAGUGUGAGGAGACUCCAGACAUCUGUGGCAGAGGCCAGUGCGCCAACAUUCCCGGGAAAUAUCGCUGUCUGUGUUUUGAUGGAUUCAUGGUGUCCAUGGAUAUGAGGACCUGUAUCGAUGUGAAUGAGUGUGAUCUGAGCCCAAACAUCUGUCUCCAUGGUUACUGUAAGAACACCAUAGGCUCCUUCGUCUGCCACUGUAAGCUGGGAUACUUUGUUACAAAGGGAUCCACAGGCUGCACAGAUAUUGAUGAGUGUGAAAAAGGAUCCCAUAAGUGUGACAUGAAUGCCGCCUGCAUCAACAUCCCCGGGAGCUUCAAAUGCCGCUGCCGAGAUGGCUGGGUGGGAGACGGCUUCAAAUGCGUGGACACAGACGAGUGCACGCACAAUACAAACCUGUGUGAGAACAGCCAGUGCACGAACACCCCGGGAGGAUACCGCUGCGAGUGUGAGAUGGGCUUCACUCCCACAGAAGACGGCAAAGCCUGUCAACGUGCUGCACCGGGAGUGGGUAUCGGGCAGUGACUCCCCUGAACAGCUGUGAAGGAACUAAUGGAAAACAAAGGAUGACACAGGAGACACAGUUUGUAUGUGUGUA